GCGAAACAUAUUGUUUACAGAACCUACGAACAAACGCGGGUUGUUGCAUGGGAACGUUACUCCCCGUUCCAGGUAUGCCAUUUUAUUUGACAGAUUUCGAACCUUCUACGAAGUUUUUAAUCAUCCUUAUCCUAUCACUUACACCUCAGUCAGCUUAUGCUCAAAUUGAUGGAAUCUACUGUGGUGAAGAAACCUGUUAUGAUGUUUUACAGGUUACCCGAGAUGAUGAUAAAAAUCGAAUUCGUAAAGCAUAUCAUGAAAUGGCAAGAAAACAUCAUCCAGAUAGACAGAAAACAUCUGAGGAUAAAAUAAAAGCGGAAGAACGCUUCCGUUUAAUCAACACUGCCUAUGAGAUUCUUAGUGAUCCAGAACAACGAACAGAAUACGAUUAUAUGCUUGAUAAUCCAGAUCAAAUGUACUAUCAUUACUAUCGGUAUUAUCGACGUCGUGUUUCGACAAAAGUUGAUGUUCGAUUGGUAAUUAUAUCAAUUCUUCUUAUUAUAUCAUCGAUACAAUAUGCUGGUCAAUGGACAAGUUAUAAUCAUGCAUUAACUUAUUUACUGAAAGAUCCAAAGCAUCGUGCCAAAGCAAAACAGAUAGCUAUUGCUGAUGGUCGUUUAAAUAUAUCCAAAUAUGAAGUUGGCAGACGUUUAACACGUGAUGAACUGAAAGAACGUGAGGAACAACUACUUCGGGAUAUAUUAAAGGAGACUGUUGAACUUCGAGGUGAUUGUUGUCGACCCAGCCUAAAACGUGUCCUACUGGUUAGAAUAUUGUUUUUCCCUUGGACUUGUUAUAUAUGGUUACGUUGGAUGCUUUAUUGGGUUGUAAAGUAUUGGAUACUUCGUAGGGAAUAUGACGAAGAGGCACGGAUAUUUAUCACUAGACGUCGGUUAAAAAUAAAUGAGAGUGAAUGGGAUUAUGCAGGCGAAGAACAACAAGCAAAGUAUUUAUCACAAAAACUUUGGAUUAAUGAGAAUUAUCAGAAAUUUCUUGCAGAUCAACAAGAAGCAAAUCGAAUUCGAGCAGCUGAAGAUACUGAUUUAAAACGUUAUAGACGAUACACAAAACGUGCUGGACCUGCCUCAGUGAAUCUUGAAGAUUUAUUUUAAAAUCCUCGCCAUUCAAACUGAAUAUUAAUUGUCCAAUGUCCUUGUUGAUCCUGCCAUAGUCCCGUUCUAUGUAUUAUAUAUAUAUAUAUAUAUAUAUAUAUAUAUAUAUAUAUAUAUAUAUCGAGUGGCCGAUCAUUUGUUAUUCUGUAUAUCUAUAGUACACAGUUUUCUUUCACCAGGUUGUUUUGUGUAUACAUAAAAGAGCAGUAGGUGAUUUUCAUUCCAUACUCUUAAUCAUGCUCUCCUUCUUCUCCACAGUCGAAAUCUUUUAUUACCCUACCCGUAUUUUGUUUUAUUUGAUAAAACCACCGAGCUUAAUUUCUAAAAAAAUUACGUAUGACUUGUGAACUCAGUCGUAGGUUCAUUUCUUACCAAACUUAAGCUCUGUCUCUCACUCUGUCAUGUAUGUGCCUUAAAUUUUGAUUUACUAUUGGACAUUUUCAAUCCUACAAUUAGUAAUUAUGGUUUGUAUUGUUUGAUCAAAGUUUGUAUAAAUAAAUUACUAUUUAGCAGAUUUAUACAUUUUCUAUUUUUAGUGGAAUUGGUUUAUUGUCUUUUAUGAGCAUAUGCUUCCCAUCGUAAUUUGUCAUGGGUGUAAAUCAAUGUGUUUUGUUGCUUCUCACGAUUAUUGUCUUAUCUUUUCAGUGUUAUAACUAGUUUUUUUUUCUUAAAUAAAUUGAUAACUGGGAUUCUGUACUAUGCUAGUUAAGAUGAUUCCACAAAGUAACAUGAAUAAUACUAAUUCAAAUGAGUAUUUAUAAUACAAGAUAAGUGAAAUCGGUUCUCUAAAAUAUUAUC